CAAGAAUUAGUUCUGGUGAGAUCAGUGUGUGCAAUAAAACAACAUUAAACGACUAUAAUUUAUCGACACCCUCAUCUCAUCCUAUCUUACCACAAAUUUGGUAACAAACACAAUGUGGAUUUGAACUGCAAUGUAUUAAAAUAGCUUGUAAAGUUGUGUUGCACUGUCUGACCCAUCCUUCAUUUUGUACUGAAAGAGGAAAUCAAGUGCAACAGUAUAGUACGUACAAAAUAAAUCAUUUUCAUCAAAAUGGAUGGAUCAGAAGACUGACAUUUAGCUUAGCCGACUUGGUUUCCAUUAUCCAUAACUGAAACUAGAGAAAUUUUUCAUACUUAAAGUGUGGUGGGUCAUCAGGUUACAAAAACAAAUAAAUUUAAAGAAAAGAAAAAAAUCUCUCAAGGCAUAUUGCGUCACUGAGAAAAUGACCUUCCUUUUUCAUGCGCUGACACUGACCUGCACCGCUGAUACAGUUUGAGAAUUGAGAUAAGAGAGAAGACAGCAAGUAAGAAUGCCUGUGCACAUACUGACCGGACUCCUGCCAUGGCUACUCUUCAAAAUCAUACUCCUCUUCACAGGUGUCAGUGGAUUGGAACCUACAGUGUACUCCAGUGUGGGAGAGCUUGUCAGUUUACCAUGCAACCUUCAUGGCUCUUUUAACUGUUACUCAAUUACGUGGAACUGGAACAGUGUUGGAUCACCAAAAACUACUGAAUUGGUCUCUCAUGGAGUGGUCAUAGCUAACGAUCAACAGAUAGCUAGAAAGCUGAGAAUGGGAUCAAACUGUUCUUUGCACAUUAAUAAUCUUACCACUGCUGAUGCUGGAGGGUACACCUGUCGACAGUAUCACAAUACAAAUAAUUAUACAGAUGCUUCUGUUAUUAAGUUGUCUAUUCUCAACAUCUCUGCGUCCUCUCCAGUGACAGAUUUGACGAUUGGUAGUACAGUUACUCUUGUCUGUAAACUCCACAGCCCUGAGCCUUGUGGAAAAAGCGUUAGAGUGAGCUGGGUUAGUGAGACAGGAGCCCCACUGCAGGGAAACAGGCACAAGCUGUCAGAGUCAGAAUGCUCCUCCAGUCUGACUGUGACACUGGAGCGCUCAGACCGCAACAUGAAGUGGAGAUGCCAGCUAACUGUGGAGGGGAAGCUGAAGGCCUCACACAGUUACACCACCAUCUUCCCUGGUGUCAGUGGUUCAGAACUUACAGUGUACUCCAGUGCAGGAGAGCUUGUCAGUUUACCAUGUAACCAUCAUGGCUCUUUUAACUGUUCCUCAACUACGUGGACCUGGCACAGCGGUCGAUCACCAGACUCUAUUGAAUUGGUCACUCAUGGAGUGGUCAACGCUGAAAAUCAACAGAUAGCUAGAAAGCUGAGAGUGGGAACUAAUUGUUCUUUGCACAUUAAUGAUCUUACCAGUGCUGAUGCUGGCCAGUACAACUGUCGAUUGUUUCAAAGUACAAAACAUUAUAAUGCUUCUGUUAUUAACUUGUCUCUUCUCAACAGUAAGUAUUUCCAUUUGGAAUUUGUAAGAUUCUCUCAGAAUGAUGUAUGCAGCUGACUAACUUUAACAUAGUGUAAUUUCCUACUAAAAUAAUUAUUUGUGUAAAUCAACUUCAUGCAUUUAUUUUCUGAGAACGUGCAGACAUGUAACUAUAUCUCAUGUUUCAUUUUCAGUCUCUGCGUCCUCUCCAGUGACAGAGCUGAAGAUUGGUAGUACAGUUACUCUUGUCUGUGAACUCCACAGCCCUGGGUCUUGUGGAAAAAGCA